AUUUUGCUUCAAGACAGUGGUGUCUUUGAGAUGUUGACUCUGGCACAAGAACUUGGGGUGGAUGAGUUGCGAACCAGCUGCGAGGAUCAUGUAGCCUCAACCCUAUCUGCCUUGAAUGCGUGUACCUUUCUAGCCGCUGCUAUAGACAUUCAAGACAGAAUUGCAGGUGGGAAAAACGCCCAGAAUUUUGUCGACCGCUGUAUAUCGUAUAUAGGAGACAAUGCAGUGGAAUGUGUGAAAACGAAUUCAUUCUUAAACUUGCCAAAAGAUGCCUUAAUUAAAUUAAUAUCUUCGGAUUGUGUAAGUUCAAAUUAUUCUUCAUGUAUAUUUUUGUAAAGAUACA